AUCCUCCAUUACAGGCAGCACAGAUUUGGUAAAAAAAAAAAUAAUGCAGCUUUGCAUUGCACGAUCAAAGCCAGUCUGUCACAGUAACCUACUUCGCGAGUGCCGCACCACAGUGAGCAUCCAAGUUGCAUUUUCUCCUCUCACCCUAACUUGAUUGUGCCGGAGAAAUGAUUUCAGUAGACGUCACUCAUCUGCAUAGGGAGUAAAAUGCAACCAUCCUGCAAGGCUUUUUGCGCCCUGAAAACGCUCUGUAUCCUCGCCGUGUGAUAAAAGGACCAAGUAAUUGCUGCAUAACCGAAACUACAAACAUGGAAGGAGUAGGAUGUUACUAGCAUCCGCCGUAGUGGUAUGGGAAUGGCUGAACGAGCACGGACGCUGGCGGCCCUACAGCCCGGCUGUCUGUCAUCACAUCGAGGCAGUCAUCCGGAGCGACCCGCGGUGUGGUAGUGUUGUCCUCGGCCAGGUGGACUCUCGUCUCUCGCCCUACAUCAUCGAUUUGCAUUCCAUGCACCAGUUCCGACAAGACACAGGUACCCUUCGACCGGUACGACGUAGCUUCUACGACCCCACCUCAGCACCAGGCCAGGGCUGGUUGUGGGAGUGGGAGAACGACGCUGGCAGUUGGACAGCAUACGACACGGAGGUGGGCAUUGCCAUCCAGGCAGCACGUGAUCGUCAGCAGCCCUGGCUGGACCUGGCGCCGCUGGGUUUCUGCUACCUCAUUGACUUCGAAAGCAUGACCCAAAUCAAUGGGCAGACGCAGCGCUGCCGACGCAUCCAGCGCCGCUCCGACCUGGCCUACCCGCUGGUGUCCGGGCCCCUGCCCAAAUCCCACCACGCCUGGGGGCCCACUUCCAUGCCCGGCCAUGGAGGACUGCUUGGUGUGGAUGUAUCUGGAGUGGGCAUGAGGAUCAGGAUGAGCAGCAGUGGGACUGGAAACGGCAGUGCAUACCCCAGUGGGGCGCUCCCUGCCUCAGCCAUCACCUCCUUGGGACAGCCCUGCGCCUGUCAGCAGUGUAUGCUGGUGCUGAGUGUCAAAGCCGGCGCCAUGUCGACUGCUCACACUCUGGGUCGGAGACCGCCACAGACCAAGCCACCUAGUCCCAAAAUCAGCAGUUACCCUGUCCCAGGAGGGUCGUACUCACUAACCCUCCCUCGGCCUCCUUCCCUGUCACGGUCACUUUCCCCCCACAGGACGUCCAUAGUUGGGGCAACAGGUGGCUUCAGUGUAGGUGGUAUGGGUGGUGCAGGAGGUGUAGGUAUUGUCGGUGGUAGUGGUAUAGGCAGUACCAGCCUUGGUUUUGGAGGAGGCUUCCCCCACACUCUUUCCCUCCUUGGUUCAGCUACCGCCGCCCUCUCCAUCUCCUCCACCCGUCCCCCUCCACCACCUCUCCCCCCUCCUCCACCGCCUCCUCCUCCACCCUCCACCACACUCUCAUCUGCCACCAUCUCUCCCCCUCACCCCCCCACCUCGUCCUCCCUGUCUGCUUCCUGUUCCGCCCCUACAGUGCCCGCUCCAGGCCCUCCUCUCAUCUCCACAGCUGCCUCCACCUGCACGCCCUCGCCUUCUGCCCGCGUCCUGGGUCCAGUGUCUUCAUCUGGUGCUGCUGCCUGCGCAGCUCCUCUGCCACCCCGGUCCAGCCUAGCAGGGCUGAGCCGACCUGCACUGCAGCGUAUCGCCAUGGCUCAGUCACGUGCCCUUAUUGCCUCUGGAGUGCCAACAGUUCCAGUGAAGAACCUGAAUGGAUCAAGCCCUGUGCACCCUGCGCUGGCAGGCAUUACAGGCAUCCUGAUGAGCGCAGCAGGACUUCCUGUCUGCCUGACCCGCCCUCCCAAGCUGGUGCUUCAUCCUCCACCUGUCAGCAAGAGUGACAUUAAGCCUGUGCCCGGUCUGGGCCACUGCUGUCGCAAGACCACAAAGAAACAGGCUCGUAAAGGCAAGACCUCUGAGGAGGUGGUGAAGAGGUACCUUCAGAAAGUCCGCAAUCCCCCAGAGGAGGACUGCACCAUCUGCAUGGAGGCCCUGGCCGGACCAUCGGGCUACAAAGGCCCCGGGGUGGGUGGCAUCUCCCGGGCCGAGUCGGUGGGCCGCCUGGCGCAGUGUGGUCACCAGUACCACCUCCAAUGCCUCGUUGCUAUGUACAACAACGGCAACAAGGAUGGCAGCCUGCAGUGUCCCACCUGCAAGACCAUCUAUGGAGUCAAGACCGGCAACCAGCCCCCGGGCAAGAUGGAAUACCACGUCAUCCCCCACUCGUUACCUGGCCACCCAGACUGCAAAACCAUCCGGAUCAUUUAUAACAUCCCUCCUGGCAUCCAGGGCCCAGAGCACCCAAAUCCAGGAAAACCCUUCACUGCUCGCGGCUUCCCCAGACACUGCUACCUCCCUGACAGUGAGAAGGGACGCAAGGUUCUGAGGCUUCUCCUGGUAGCGUGGGACCGCCGGCUCAUUUUCUCUGUGGGUACGUCCAGCACCACCGGCGAGUCAGAUACAGUCAUCUGGAACGAGGUGCACCACAAGACGGAGUUUGGCUCCAACCUGACGGGCCACGGCUACCCCGACCCCGGCCACUUGGACAAUGUCCUCGAGGAGCUCAAGGCUCAGGGCAUCACCGAGGAGGAAUGUCUACCGAGAGACUGAACAGAGACAUUCAAAACACAGAAGACACUAGAAAACAGGCUAGAGUCUGUGAACUCACGAUCCUGGGAAGGGAUCCACAGCUGGAAAGACGAUUAUUUUCAAAAUCCGAUCAAAUGAACAGAGAGAACUUUUACCACCAGAGAUGGAAGAAACUUCAAAAAACAAAAUUCUUUACAGGAACGUUCUAGAAAUUGCUUCAGAAGAAUUUGCUGAGAAUAGAUACAUGGGAAAUAAUUUUUUCUCCUGAUGCAGUAACAGUGUCGAGAUGUUAUUCAGUGAGACAUCUGAGACCACUGUGCACAUACAAGUCAGUGUUAGAUUAAAAAAAACAUUUAUACUGUGAGUCUUCAAAUCAAGAAUGUAACUAAGUGGAUUUUGCUGAAUUGAUGAAGUGUUUACCACUACUACUGCUGCUAUGUGGAACUGAAAGGAUGCUAGCCUGAAGAUAAGAAGUGAGGUCUGUAAGUGUUUUGAAGUGUUAGUCCACAAGCAGAAGAAACUUUUCACUGCAGAUAAAUAUUUCAAGUGUAUAACUGGAUAUCUGAGCAUGAAUAUUUGCUGACCUCUAGUGGUACUUUUCAGAACUACAUUCCUUUUUAGGUUUGAUUUUUAUGAAAUUGUAUUGUUGUAUAUUAUGAAUACUUGAUAUAUUAUAUGAUAUUGUUUACAUUCUGUCAUGUUUUUAUAUUUUAAUUUUACAUUUUGUUUUAUAUAAUGUGUUCCUUUGCAUUGUUUUUUGGGUGUGGCGUGACAGACUGAGAUGUGGAGUGAAGUGAAGAUAAGCCACUGGUGUACCAGUUUGCCUGAUACUUUAUAUGCCAUAUACCAGCCACUUUCUUUAAAAAAUCAUUUUCAGUAUUUUGUAUUUGAUAGGUUCACAAACUGACAUUCCUUAAUUGUUCUGCCCUCAGAGCAUGGGUGCAUUUAAUAGCUUUCUAUGUCUUAUUGUAUCUGCAUUAAUGUUAUGGACUGAUAGAGUAAUAGCUACUAUGGAUUACACCAUUCCCCCCAGGAGGAGUAAAUUCCCAAAAAGCUAGGAUGGGACCUCCUGCCUGAGCUCAGAUUUGCACAGAGCUUUCUACUUAGUAUCAAAAUGAAUCGGACAGCUUGUAUUUACUGUAUUUUUGUGUAGGACACACACACCAGCCUCAAACUCUCUAAUCACAUUACAAAACGUGGUCAUAAGUUGUUUUUGUCAUAUUUAGUUGUUGCCAUGAGCAGGUGCAAAAGACUAUCUCUUGUUGUGGAUCCAGCUUUGGCCAAAGUGGUCCAACCAGUUUGCAUUCGGCCCAUUGUGGACCAGUUUAUUAUGAGGUACGUUAGACAAGAUGUACAACAGUGCUGACAUACUAAUGUAGGCCAACAUUAAAAGCAUUUAUACUUUAUGUAUGCACUGUACUGUAUGUAUGUGUUUUAUGUGCACAAAUUUGCAUUAAACAUUUUUCUAAGGUUCAAAGAGAUAACAGAGCUUUACUUCGGUUUACUCCUUCAUUUUAUGUUAUGUUGAUUAUGUAAAGUCCAUAAAUGUACUUUAAAGUGAGACUAUGUAACUUUUGAUAAACAGCAGACACUGUGGCCACAAGUGUCAAAUACAAGAUAAUGGUAAAUGCUAAAACAUUGUGUAACAGUAGCACAAGUAGAGAAGAGUUGUAAAGUCAACAAACUGAAUGCACUGCAAUUUAAAAGGGUUGUAGAGUGUUUUUUUAAAAAAAAAAAAAAAGCUGGUUCAGACACAUCAUCCCCUUUUCAGUCAAUGUCCAGUUAUUGCACUGUUGAGUUUGCUGUGAAACCACUUUUUCAUUUGAUUUAAGCCUUUGUGUAAAUAUUCACGGAAAGAUUAAGUUAAGUUGAUGACAAGGACUGCAGAAACUAGUUAGAGUAUACAGUAUAGUAUGUAUGAAGUACAAGCAUAUAAAGUGCAGUGGGACUAUUAAAUUGAAAAAUCAGAGAUGACAA